AUGACCCACAAUGAUUCUAAAUCGCAUCCGAACGGUUCCACGGAAAAUGUUGAUGCCAAAGAUGAAGAGAAAUACGAGCAAAAAAACGGUAUCAGUAUCGAAAGUAGAUAUUCAGACAGUUCUAGAGAUGCCCACAGAGGAAAAGUAUCGCUACGAAGCGAAGAAGACAAAGACGAUCAUUAUUUGAGUCGAGGCGAUGAGCAUCACAGCAAUGACGAAGCCGCGGAUGUUCGAGCUACGAGUUUCAAAGAAAAAGAUAGUAACGGGAAGACUGAAAGCCAUGACACGCCGUAUGACGACGUUAUCACUCAGCAGGAACAAAAAUCGGCAAAAAGGAUUACGACUAAAGAGGUAAAUAAGCCCGAAAACAAAGAACCAGAUGAAGACGAAGUAGCCGAAGAGGAAGAAGAGGAAGACGAUGACGAUGACGACGAAGAGCCGCCCUUACUCAAGUACUCUAGAGUCACCCAACUUCCGAGAAGCUUCUUCACCAGAGAUUCGAUUUCAGCUUGCCAGUUUCAUGACAAAGUAUUUGCUUUUGCAACGCAUGCAGGUCUCCUGCACUUCACAGAGCCUGACUUUACAACAAUAAGGACCUUCAAAUGUCAUAGGUCUUCGAUAACUUCUGUCUAUACUGACGGUGAGCUUUUUGCGACAUCAUCCAUCGAUGGCACAGUUGUAAUAGGGUCUGUUCGCGACAGUUCCGAUCUUCUCGCUUGUGAUUUCAAGAGGCCUGUUCAUGCAGUGGUUUUAGAUGAGAAAUAUAAGACAUCUAAGACUUUUGUAUCUGGAGGAAUGGCUGGAGACGUAAUUUUAUCACAAAGAAAUUGGCUAGGAAAUAGAGUUGAUAUUACCAUUGACAAGAACAAUGGCCCCAUAGUCGGUAUCUAUACGGUAGACGACGUGCUGUUUUGGAUGAACGACGCUGGGAUUACAUUUUACAGCAUAUCUUCGAGAAACAUGCUCUUGCAGGUACCUUUCCCAAGAGAUGAACAUAACACGAGGCCGGAUCUCCACUGGCCUUCUGUUCACUUUCCAGAGACGGAUAGAAUUAUAAUUGCAUGGGGUAAGCAUAUUUGGACGUUCAAAAUUUCACUUGCGAAAUCAACAACCUAUGGCAAUCACCUCGGAUCGAUUUUAUCAAGUGCAGCAUCAAGUUUAAGAGCAAUUCCGGACAAAAAAAUAGAGCAAGAUCACUAUUUAUACCUCUCGCUGACUCUUGCAGGCGCGGUUUUCUUUCGAAAUGAUCAGCUUUUGUGUCUCGAGGUGCCAGUAUCUAAGUCUCUCAAAAACAAGUCAGAUCACCCACAAUUGAAAGUGAUUGAUAUGCUGACCGGUGAGGAAAUACAUGGGGACGAAGUGGUGUCCAAGAACUACCAAAACCUUAAUUCAAAUGAUUACCAUCUUGGAAAACACAUUGGUAAAGACUCGACUGAUUACUACAUGAUCAGUUCCAGUGAUGCUAUCUCUGCUCACGAAUUGUCCUUGAAAGAUAGAUAUGAGUGGUUUGUUAAUAAUGAUAAGUUUUACGAAGCUUGGAAGAUUGGACUCUAUGCCGUUGAUAAGAGAGAGAGACUUGAAAUGGGGAUGCGCCAUGUAAAGAAACUACUUUCCGCACAAGACAAUGAGGAAUGUGCAUCAGCCAUAACUGAUGUGUUUUCAAACACAGAUUUAAGCGAGGAAGAUCCAGACUUUGAACGUACUGUCGUGAAUAAAUGGGGAGAAUUCAUAUCUAUUAUGGUGAAAAACGGGAAAGUCAACGAGAUUGCGCCCUUGAUUCCGGUUCAGCCUCCACUGCCUUCCGACGUUUAUGACAGCAUUUUGAGUUAUUACCUGGAGAACAAUUUGCUCUCACUGUUUUCACACUACAGUCAUCAGUGGCCUCGGAAUUUGUGGAAUAGUAACAAAUUUCAGGAUAUUUUGGAGGAAAUUAUUGAGAGAAACGAAGUGGGUAGUAAUGAAUAUCGGCAAGAGCUGGUCUUUUUACUUCUAACUGAAAACAAAGAAGUUAAAGCAAUUCCGCACUUAAUCAAAAUGAAAGACCCAAGAGCAUUAGACAUAAUUCUAUCUGAACGUGUGCUUCCCAUGUUCUCAAAUCAAAUACUAGAAAUAACCCUAUUACCAUACCACGGUACGGUGAAAAGUCUACCUUCGCUGAGCCUGGGGGAUGCCACAAUGAUAUUCAAAAAAUCUAUAGAAGUUUUGGUACAAGGCGCGCACAUGAUUGAUAUGAGCCUAAUAAUAUCUCAACUAUCAUCAUUUAAAGAGGUCGAGAUUUUGCUUUUUCUUUUCCUGCGAGAGGCGUCUAAGGCAGAACCGAUUUUGAUUGCUCCUUAUGAAAACGAUAUGGUUCAGCUUUAUUUCAAAUUCGAUCAAAAAAAUCUGCUAGAGUUCCUCAAAUCAAAAAAUAACUACGACGUUGAUCGAGCGAUCGAAAUAUGCGCCAACGACAAAUGUUUCAAUGAACUUGUUUAUCUUUGGGGUAAAAUCGGAGAAACCAAGAAAGCCCUUUCGUUGAUAAUCGACAAACAAGAUAACCCCAAGUUAGCUAUACAAUUCGUCGAAAGCUCUGGCGAUCCAGAGUUGUGGGAGUACUUGAUAACUUAUAGCAUGAACAAGCCUGCCUUUAUCAAAGAAUUACUUGAUGUGAGAACGAGUUUAGGUGGCGGGCAUGCUGAUAUUGUCGGCAGAAUACCCAGCGAUUUGCAAAUAGAUGGUCUUCAGGCUUCCCUCGAAAGUGUCGUACGGGAAAACUUUCUCAAUCUUAAGGUUAAUAGUGGUGUUUUCAAAAUUAUUGAUGAUGAAACGCAACAAUUUGCUAAUGAGUUCUUAAGGCUCAGAGAAACAGGAAGAGCCUUCGAAAUUGAAAACUAG